UCAUUUAAAUGAAACUAAGAAAAAAAUACAUUUUCAGCUGCAAUGUGUUGAUUUUACAUCGAAUGGGCAACAUCAGCAAAGACGACCAACGCCAUCCUGCUCAUGUAACCCGAGAAUGUGAGUGUUUUUUGGGGGGGAGUUGAGCAAAAGAACAAGAUGGCUGUCCCGGGACGAGAAGUUUUUUCUCGCUCUCGCAUUUUUCUCACCAACGCGACGAUUUGCCGUCGUUAUUAGUGUUUGUAGAAGAGAACAACCAAGAAACUACAACUUGAAGUUUUACAAGGCAUUUUUUUGUGUUUUCUUAAGGCGACGUAAGCCAUUUUUAGAGGCGAAGUUAGUUUGGAAGUUUUUUUUUUUUUUUUUUUUUUUUUUUUUUUUGUCAACGACGGUGAUUUUUUUUUAACAACAAUGAGCCAAUUCAACAAGUAGAAUUAAUAACAAUUUUUUCUUAACUUGUUUUUUGGUUAAUUGUGUAAUUUUUAGUCAUUUUUAGUGGGGUGGCGUUUUUUCCAGCUGUUGAAUUCAUCCGUGACGUAUUGAAAAAGUAGCCCGGUUACCAUGAGCUCAUCUCGGGUAAAACCUCAGCACAGCGCCCGCUCCCCGCAUCCCUCCGAGGCGAGCGAGGGUAUCGAGAUGGAGAGCAUCCAGCGGCAGCAUCACCACGACUCGGCGGCCGGAGGUACCGUCGCGGGUACUCCGUCGUCCCCUUCCAGACAAGCCUGGAGCCGCGACAACCCGGGCUUCGAGCCCGGCGACGAGAUCAUGGCAGCGGACUGGCCUCCAGCCAGCCCCGGGAGGAGGUCGGCAUCCACGACCUCCAGCAACAGCAGCUGCAGCAGCGGUCUGGGUAGCUACAACGUCGGCGGAGGUGGUGGAGGCAGCCCACACAUCCAUGGUGGAGGUGCCUACCCGACUCCGAGUGGGGACGACGGGCAGCGGGGCAGGCGUGAGCACAGCAGCUGUAUGAAGCAAAUACUACACAAAAUUAGAAUUCUAUGGGGCACGGAACUGAUGGAGGACAACGACACCAGUCGAGAGCGCUACCUGUGGAACGUCUUGCGAGAGAUGCUCACCUACAUCGCCUUUCUCAUCACCAUUUGCGUCUUGACGUAUGGGAUGGUGAGCGCCAACAUGUAUUACUACACCAAAGUCAUGUCGCAGCUUUUCUUGGACACGCCGCUUUCCCAUGGAGAUCCCACCACGUUUCGGAGCAUUUCAACCAUGGAUGACUUCUGGAAGUUCACCGAAGGCCCGUUUCUUAACGGUAUGUACUGGGAAGUGUGGUACAACAACAAGAGCCUUCCAGAAAACCACAGUCUCAUCUUCUACGAGAACCUCCUUCUCGGGGUGCCACGGCUCCGGCAGGUCAAGGUCCGCAACGCUUCGUGCAGCGUCCACGAGGACCUGCGCGACCAAGUGCGCGACUGCUACGACGUCUACACGCGCACCAACGAGGACACCGCCCCCUUUGGGCCCGGUAACGGGACCGCCUGGACGUACGCAGUGGAGGCCAGCGGCACCGGGAGCACUCGCUGGGGACGUGUUUCCAAAUAUGGCGGUGGGGGAUACUACCGAGAUCUGUCCCGGACCAGGGAGGAGUCUGCGGUCCGGUUGCGCUUCCUGAAAGACAACCUGUGGCUCGACAGGGGCACCAGGGCCGUUUUCUUGGACUUCGCCGUCUACAAUGCGAACAUCAACCUUUUCUGCAUUGUCAGGAUGUUGGUGGAGUUCCCAGCGACGGGCGGAGCGGUGACAUCAUGGCACUUCCAGACUGUGCGUCUUAUCCGAUACGUGUCCAGCUGGGACUACUUUGUCGGACUGUGCGAGGUCAUGUUCUGCCUCUUCAUCCUCUACUACGUGGUGGAGGAAGCGCUGGAGAUCCGAAUUCACCGACUGCAUUACUUCCGGAAUCUCUGGAACUGUCUGGACGUCCUCAUUGUCACUCUGAGCGUGGUGGCCAUCAUCAUGAACAUAACAAGAACGGCCAUGGUGAGCAGCUUGCUGAAGACCCUCUUGGAGAACUACACCACCCACCCCAACUUUGAGCCACUGGCUAACCUGCAGCUUCAGUUCAAUAAUGUGGUGGCGGUCAUUGUAUUCUUCUCCUGGAUUAAGCUCUUCAAGUUCAUCAACUUCAACAAAACCAUGAGUCAGCUGACGGGCACCAUGUCGCGCUGCGCCAAAGAUCUCCUGGGCUUCGCCAUCAUGUUCUUCAUCAUCUUCCUGGCGUACGCGCAGCUGGCCUACUUGCUCUUCGGAACGCAAGUCCACCAUUUCAGCAGCUUCCAAGCUAGCAUUUUAACUCAAUUCCGUAUCAUCCUGGGAGACUUUGAGUUCUCCGAAAUCGAGGAGGCCAAUCCGGUGUUGGGUCCCGUCUACUUCAGCACCUUUGUCUUUUUCAUCUUCUUCAUCCUCAUGAACAUGUUCCUGGCAAUCAUCAACGACACGUACUCGGAGGUAAAGGCAGACAUGUCGCAGCACAGGUCCGACAUGGAGAUGAGCGAUCUCAUCAAGAAGGGUUGUAACAAAGCUCUGAUGAAACUGAGGCUGAAGAAGACGGCGGUGGACGAUAUCUCGGACAGUCUGCGGCAGGCCGGGGGGAAGCUCAACUUGGGGGAAUUGCGGCAGCAUUUGAAGGGGAAGGGCCAUACAGACGCCGAAAUCCAGGCCAUCUUCGCCAAAUACGAACACGACGGCGACCAGGAGCUGACUGAGCACGACCACCAGCAGAUGAGAGACGACCUGGAGAAAGAACGGGAGGACUUGGAUCUUGAGCGUGCAUCUUUUACGCGUGCAUCCGUCGGUCGCGGCAUCCCUCGCGUCCAGGACGACUCGGAGGAAGACGACGACGAGGACAGCGGGCACAGCUCCCGCCGCCGCGGCAGCAGCUCGGGCGGCGUUUCCUACGAGGAGUUCCAAGUCCUGGUGAGACGCGUGGAUCGAAUGGAGCACUCGGUCGGCAGCAUCGUGUCCAAAAUCGACGCCGUCAUUGUCAAGCUGGAGACCGUGGAGAGGGUCAACGUCAAGAGGAGGGACGUGCUGGGACGCCUCUUCGAGGGCGCCGCGGAGGAGGAGCGAAACGUAGACGCGCACAGCGAACAGGAGCGACUGGUCAGAGAGGAACUGGAGCGCUGGGAGUCGGAUGACGUCUCCUCGCAUACGCCGCGACCUCGCGCCCGACCUCCUUCCUCGCUGUCGCUGGACGGCGUGGACGCUAACGCUGACGUGUAAGAUGUUGCCAAGUCAGACUUUUCGGUAAGAGACGUCCCAUCGUGGCUCUUAUGGACUAAAUUAAUAAUAUGUUUAUCACUAAUAGACAUCCAAUCCAUUUGAACUCCAAAUGGAUUGGACGUUUAGCACCGUCAAUGGCAGACAAUAAGCCUGAGUGUCAUUCAGUAAAUUCUCUUUUGAAAAAUACUGUACUGUACAAUUCACCAUGUAGGGUUCCCAACUUUACUUGUGCACUCACUUUACCCUAUCACACCUUAUAGACUUCACUAUCAGUUGACGGGACACGGGGCUCGGGGCCGAUCCGUAGAAGGCCUAUUUUCAAAAAUUUAAAAUAUUUUCACAACCUAAGCCACUAGCGACCUAAAACUAAAACGGACCCCUCCCUUAGGCAUAUAUGAGUCUCCAUGAGCAGCGACAUAAAAAAAAAAAUCCCGAUUACCGUAAAUUCCGGAUUACAAGCCGCUACUUUUUUCCCUCAUUUUGAAUCCUUCAGCGUAUGCAAGGAUGCGGCCAAUUUAUCAAUUUUUCUAACGACCGCCAGGAGCGCUCGAGCAUAAAAUGCAAGCAUAAGACACGUGGAACAUGUGUGUCGAGGAAGACGCUAGUUGGCACUCUUACCCGUAUUUUAAGUUUGUGCUUUGUGCACGAAUAAAAGUAGCAGACCCUCAUCUUUGUGCAUUAGUAGAAUUAGCAUAGCCUGGUACUCCAGACUCACCGCUGUUCCAGCUAUUGAGUCUGGCCACCAUUAAGCGGAUAAAAUUUUCAGAGCGGAGCAAGCCACAGCAAACAGACAGCGGAGUGGACCAAUCAGCGACGGGCGGGACGAGGGACUUACGCGCGGAAGUAAACAUACGAGGAGAGCGGAGUUUAUUCAACAUGGCUAGCGCGAGACAGACUGUUGUCACUGACUUGCGUCGAUGUGUUUUUGGUAAUUUAAAACUGAUUUUACCGUGGAUUGGAACAUAUUUUCGGCUCUCCUGUUCGCCAUCUGUGUUGUGGAGACGACUUCCGACGCGGAAGAGUGACACCGCUCGUUAAGAGCACGUCACACAAAUAAACGAAUCUAUCGAUUGAUUUUGUACUUGCUCGAGAGGGCGUUAAUGGGCUGGGUCUCAGACUUCUCUCAGUGUUUGAAAAACACACGGAGAACAGGCAAGAAUUAGCAUACCCGCAUCAUGGUAGAAGAAAUGGAUAUGAUGUGCCGAGUUGAAUUGAAGGCUUGGAUGGCCAGCGGCGUCAGAUCGUUUACAAAAGUGGUCGUAUGCGAAGAGCAACUUUUGCAAAAGUCUGACAGCGUGGAGCAGCGUGAAAAAAAUCCACCAUCACCAACGGGUUUCGAAAAGCCGGUCUGCUGCGCUAAGGAGUGAGCUUGAGGAGUCCGCUAAUUGCCGUGUUGCUGGCGCUGUUUGGAAAGAAAAGUUAAGGUAUUGUAACGAUGACAAAUAGUAACCCAUUAAGUUAGGUUGCAAUUCUUUAUUUUGGAAACUCGUCGAACAACACACGACUGCUGCCUCUAGCAGCCGACGCACACACAUAGACACACCCGCAACAACAAGGACAGCACGUCUCUUGCUCUUCCGCACCUCCCUUACCUGUAAGUCACGCGCUGUAUCAUAACCCGAUUUGUUAAAAUAUGGUAUUUAAACUUGGAAAACGGUGUAUUUCUUUAUAAAUAUUUCAGUUUAAUAUGUGGGCACACGGGGCUUAUAGGCAGGAGAGGCUUAUGUAUGUACAAAAUGCUUUUUCCUUUAAAAAUGUACUGGGUGAGGCUUGUAAUCCGGGGCGCUCAAUGGUCCGGAAUUUACGGUAAUUAUAUUUUUAUGCAAGUAUAAACAAACUUAAAAUGACUAUAAAGUUCUCAAAUUUUAUGGUAGAUGCAGAAAAAUCACCAAAUGCAGAGAUAAUCACCUAUAUAUUCAGGAUCAAUAGCAAUAUUCAACCAAUCAUAUGUUUUUUCUCAAAAUAGCAACUUAAUUUUUUUUUAUUUAGUGCAAGUUUUCAACAGCUAAUAAAUUAUUCAAUUUUCACAUCAAUAAUACUUGAGGACAGCAUGCCGAAUCAUCUUAAUUUUACUCAACAAAGCCAAAAUUAACAUAUUUCUAUAUACAAUCAGAAUUUAUUUAGGUUGAAUUCCGCUAUUGUGUAGCGAUACAAAAUCCAACAUGGCGGCCGUCACAAAACAGAUAACAUUCUUGCAAAUAAAUGCUUAAAUCGCAGAAUUACUAUAGAUAUGAACAUAAAACAGUCUAUAUUCUUGGUUAAAAGCAAAAAAACGGGCAGUUAUCGUUCAUUUUACGUAAGUAUUUCAAGCUAAAGUCACGAUAUUGUCUAAUCCAACAUGGCAGCCGUCACAAAACGAAGAGCUUUUUCAGUAGAAAAUUCUUGCAAAUAAAUGCUUAAAUCGCAAAAUUUCUAUAGAUAUGAAUGUAAAAGUCUAGUUUCUAGGUUAAAAGCAAAAAACGGGCAGUUGUCGUUCAUUCAGGGGUCGCGUUAACCGAAUAUUUUCCGUCGUUGACCGAUUUUUUAAAACGGUGACGGAAAAAACUGAAGUCCAUCCGUCAUUUUGACCGGUUGUAAUUCACACCCCAGACCACAGGGUGGCGAGUGAGCAUAUUAAUUAGCUAUUGUCUUUCUUGAUGCAUGACGUCGUUGGCCUUACUCUGAAAAAUGUCAAGGCAACUGAGUGUCCGAAGUUUCUUCAAAAAGCCCCAAAACGACGAUGGUGUUGAUAAAAGAGGUAAAAAAACAGGGACUGCACAAGCGGACACGCAAUUCAAGUCCAUGCGCACCAGGAGGAAAGUGUGAGACUACGUUCAGGCCACAGCAGGUGAACUGUUAAUUUCAUUGUUCCAUAUGCUACAUAUGGUAGGCUACCUAACUACUGGGGCCACAGUCAGCUGUUUUUGUCGCUGCGGAGAAAAAGUUACAUAUUCAUCUGCUUGAUGUGUGAUGGCACGGUGUGGAUUCUCUGUUAAGCUUGUUCGGACAGAAUAUUAAUUUAAAAUGAAUGAAAACUAAAUACUAUUGAAUAUGUUGAAGCGGUAUGCAAUGUUAAGAGUCUUGUUAGCUGUAGGCGCACUAUCCGAGACCCCUCACUAUCCACUCGCGGGGGCCUGCGCUUGUCAGUGACGUUCCUUGUUCUCGCUAUUUGAUUAUACAACUUUAACAUUUGUUAAUAAUACGCUCUGUGUGUAGUAUUAUCCAUCGCUUUUCCUUUUUAAAUGGGCACUUAUAAGCAAACGCAAGAAGUAACAACGGGAACAUUUUUAAACAGGCAUUUCACGGGAGAGCAUUUCGACUCUUCGGCCAAUCAUAUAGCGAGAGCGAGUGGAUAGUGAGGGGACCGCGCGCGGCUCUUAAGUGUCUCUGUCACGUGACUGUCGUAGCCGGUAACGCGCUCGGCCAAAUGGACACACAAGUACGGGAGGUGAAUUAUGCCAAACAAAGGGUCACCACAAUGUCAUUAUCAUCAUUUUAAAAAUUUAAGUGACGGGUAAAAAUAGAUUAUGACCGGAUUUUUAUGACCCUGUCAGCCAAAAUGUCAGACAACGAAAAAGUCUAGCGCAACCUCUGCGUUCAUUAUACGUAAAUAUUUCAAGCCAAAAUUACGAUAUUGUUUAAUCCAACAUGGAGGCCAUCACGAAACAAGGAGUUUUUUAAGUAGAAAAUUCUUGCAAAUAAAUGCUUAAAGGGUAUGACAACACCUGGGGAAAUGCUAAUAUUCCAUCAUUUAUACAUAAACGCAUGCCUUUUGGAUUCAUAUCAUGCCACUUCGUGUAAUUACACACAUCGCAACACCAAGAAAAUGAUAGAAAUUUGGAUCGAUUGUCAAGCUAAAAGGACCCGCCCACGAGAUCCCGGAAAUCUAGCAUAUUGUGUGCGUGACGUCACUACGAGGAAACAACCGGCUCAGUGCUUAGUACUGAAUGGCGGCGAUGAUAGCGGACAAUUUUGUUUCUAGUUGCAUCGAUGAAUCCGACGUAACGAACAUUCUUCUAAUGGUGACGAGGAGAGUUAUGAACCUUUCUUUGGUGUUUUGGAUUAUCAAUUUGAGCCCAAACGAAAGCCAGUGCAGCCUAAUGAAAGGAUCAUUGAGAGGAGCAAUCACACUGAUGAAACACCGGCAACAUCGUGUGGGAAACACCGAAUGGUUUGUUUUGCAUUUCUUUUUGUGAAGCUGAUACACCGUGACCGCAAAAUAAUGUAAUGUGUAGAAUAAUUAUCAUUUAUUGUGCUAUCAGAGGUUUUCGCUCAGUCAACAGACACAAAUAUGAAUGGGAUUUGAGGAUUAGUUCUAUGUAUUUUACGAGCGAUAAUUUAUACAUGUGUCCAGUCCUAUAUCCAAUGCGUGAUAUGUUUUUAGAGACUCACUCCGGCCAUUUCGAGCUUGGCUGCUCCGCUCCUUUGGUUAGCCUGGGGUGGUCUCAUCAGAGCCAGUCGUCCUCUUUCUUGAUAUCUCGGGACAUUUAGGUGGCUGCGCGUGUAUGGUGGCUGCUUUCAUCAGCAAUUUCAUAGCAAAACCUGAUUUCAUUUGUCCGUAGUUCGAAUAGCUUUCAGGUGUAAAAUGCGCACCACACAAAACCGUGCCGGAGGCUGGGUCUGCAAAAUUAGCCCUCUUAGCACGGACGAACUUUACUCAUUGUCUGCGUAGUCCAGCUCUUUUUCUCGCGUUAGGGAACUCAUGGGUACUACAUUGCGACAAAUGGCUAUUUGUAGACCACAUAGCAUGACAGGUUUGAACCAUUUUAGCGAUUUUUUGAUAAAACACGAACGCAAUUCUCUCGUCGAUAAACAACGAUGGCACCUGCCUCGACCUUUCGUUUCCUUGUUAUGACGUCUCCGCCCCAUUCGGCUGUUUCCGUAAUACUAUCGGAACUGUUCGUAAUUUUCGAUCUAUUUUCGCUAAUUGCUCAUGAAUGCGAUUUUUUUUUUGGUUAACUUUAUUAAUAUGUUAUCUUGCCACAUAACGGUUCUCACAGUCCCUUAGCGUUUUAAUACCCUUUAAAUAGCGGAAUUUCUAUAGAUAUGAAUGUAGAACAGUCUAGAUUAUUGGUUAAAAGCAAAAAACGGGCAGUUAUCGUUCAUUUUACGUCAAUAUUUCAAGCCAAAGUUACGGUAUUGUCUAAUCCAACAUGGCGGCUGUCACGAAACAAAGAGCUUUUUAAGUAGAAAAUUCUUGCAAACAAAUGCUUUAAUCGCCGAAUUUCUAUAGAUAUGAACGUAAAACAGUCAAGAUUCUUGGUUAAAAGCAAAAAAUGGGCAGUUAUUGUUCAUUUUACGUAAAUAUUUCAAGCCAAAGUUACAGUAUUGUUUAAUCCAAGAGCUUUUUAAGUAGAAAUUUCUUGCAAAUAAAUGCUUAAAUCGCAGAAUUUCUAUAGAUAUGAACGUAAAACAGUCUAGAUUCUCAGUUGAAAGCAAAAAAACGGGCAGUUAUCGUGCAUUUUACGUGAAUAUUUCAAGCUAUUGUUUAAUCCAACAUGGCGACCGUCACAGAACAAAGAGCUUUUUCAGUUGAAAAUUCUUGGUUAAAAGCAAAAAACGGGCAGUUAUUGUUCAUUUUACGUAAAUAUUUCAAGCCAAAGUUACAGUAUUGUUUAAUGCAAGAGCUUUUUAAGUAGAAAUUUCUUGCAAAUAAAUUCUUAAAUCGCGAAAUUUCUUUAGAUAUGAAAGUAAAACAGUCUAGACUCUUGGUUAAAAGGAAAAAAACAGGCGAUUAUCAUUCAUUUUACGUAAAUAUUUCAAGCUUAAGUUAGGCAAAUUUUUUCCAUUCAUUUCAUUGUAUUCGAACUGUUUCAAAGUGCAUUCAUAGUGCGAAAAUAUUUCCACCUAAAUCCGGCGUUAAACGCAGCGUCUGUUUGACAGUGAUGAACCAGGCUGUUCACAGUGAAUAGUGAAAGCCACAACAACGCUGGGUCAGCCCCCUACGGGAAGGCGUGGCACAAAGUCUGUGGGAGUUGUCUUGUCAACUGAUGGUGAAGUCUAUGCACAGCCUUAUCUGACUUAUCUUCCCACUUCUUAUCCUUUGGUUACUGAUUAUGGAAAAUACUCAGGGUGUAAAGGUACACUAAAAUGUCAUUUCGGUUUGGUUACAGUUUCGGUACAAAAAAAAAAAUGUAAACAAUAGUAAUUGUGUAAAUAAAUAAAAGUGACCCUAUUGGGUGGUAUUUUAAAUAGAUUACACUGAGUUCAUAAAAUGAAAACAUCAGUAAAUAAUUGUACAACUGAACAAGUGAGCCUGUUCUAUCAACGUUGCAUCAAAAUGACAUAAUUUACUGAGUGAUACUUAAUGAUAUCUGGCAUAAGAAUUCAUUCAUGUUCAUAACAGGUGUCAUGUCAUAAUUAUGUCAGUCUCACUUUUCUAUGUGGUCACUCUUUUCUAAGCAUCACCGGGUAAAAAAAUGUGUGUCAAAAUUGUAGGGUCAUAUGGGGCUGAAAAUUACAACAUUUUUUCACACUUAGCGCCACACAGUGUUUGAAAUGUGGUGUGAAAAUUUUUUCUUUGUUAAAUUUAAUCCACAAUAGUCACGUCAAAGCUUCCAAUGAAGUACCUUGUUAUUAUUAUUAUUAUUAUAAUGAUCACAUACACACAUGCACACAUCCUCAAAUUGUAACUUGAAACAAACUUCAAUUUGGAGUGCAACUAGUGUUCAUGGGAAACCCAUGCAUUUAUAUUUUAUCCUGUGCCUUAAUGUUUUAUCUGUUUGUUUUUUUAAGGUGUUUAUCGAAUAAAAGUCAUAUCAAAGUUUGAGUGCUUGGGACAUUUUUGGGGGAGCAUUUUUAACCAACUUGCUUUUAUUUAUAAACAAAGUAUGGUUGUGAUCAAUUGACUUUAUAUUUUGUAUAUAUAUAUAUAUAUUUUUUUUUAAUCAAUAGAUUUACUUACUUUUUUUAAAAUCAUGUUUUCAUUAAAUUAUGUUAUUAGCUAACUUUAUUGUUGUGAUUAUCAACUCAAAAAACUGCAUAUCAUUUUUAAGUUGCUUGUAUUCAAUAUUUUUAUAUUCUAUAAAUAGCGCCUUCUCCUU